AUGAUGUCCUUGCGAGAAGAAUUUUCUAGGUUCUAUUUGUCUCAUCACCAGGGUCGCCGACUGACUUACGAACCCUCCCUCGGAACCUGUGUAGUGAAAGCCACAUUUGACAAAUCUCCUGAUUGUAGAAAAGAGCUGCAAGUCUCUGAGUUCCAGGCGAUCGUACUGCUACAAUUCAAUAAUAUUUCUUCUGAAGAGGGCAUCUCCUACAAACAUCUGCUCGAUGCUACUGGAAUUGAAGAAGCUGAGCUUAAGCGAACUCUUCUAUCCUUGUCAGCUGGCAAGGGCCAGCGAGUACUCAUCAAAAAGCCAUCGGUAAUUUUAGAAAACAUUAUUAUUAGUUAUAUCUUUGAAAGCAUUACGAAAUUUAUAAAAUCGUAUUUGUUAAUUUACCUUACUAUUGCUUUGAUAAAUGCUCACCAUUUUAUUGGUCAGAAGCCAUCUCGGAAAAACUCUACUCAUCGGCUUUCACUGUAUAGAGGUGGUUUGACCUGGUAUCUACAAUUUUUUUGUGUUGUCAGGAGCUAG